AUGCAUAGCAUGAAAAAUUCGGACAACUACCCACCUUGUAAUAACAACAGCCUUCUGGUCACUCCCAGCAGUACGUCGUCUGCUGACCACUCCCCUACCUCAGAUGGUCAGUCUCCGGACUACGAGCAGUACACGGAUGAUGAGGACUGGUCAUCUAAUGAGUUCACCGACACUGAUGAGGAGACGUCUGAGGCCACCACACCCUCUGCUGUGGUGGAGUUACCAGUCUAUGUCGCCCUAGGAGAUUACCAAGGCGCGGACAACACAGAGCUCUCUUUACAUGAAGGAGAGGAGGUUACCGUGGUUACAAUUGGUGACAGCGGUUGGUGGUUUGUGAAGUCGAUUGAGACUGAAUGUCAGGGCUGGACGCCUUCUACAUACCUAGAACCAAUCAGCCGAAGAAGCUCGCGUUCUGCAAUUUCUAUGACGAGUUUAGAAUCUGGCCUGGGAAGCAACGGCAUCCACCACGCAGUGAGCAAAAACAGUAUAGGUAGCAGCACCAGUGGCGGCUGUGGCACCAGCAUGGAAGGUGGUGGGGCUGGAGGAAGGGUCAAAAGUCACCAGAACCUUUUGGACCAAUUAGAGGACACAGUGGUGUGAGGUGGCCAGUCUGGCCAGUGGUCAUUCUGACAUAGUGAGCAGUGAGGAUAUAUGACCAGUGAUAUGUCCAGUACUAACCAGUAACCACAAGUUUGAAUGCUUUAAGAACAGCAGGGGCAUAUUGAGGCUGCCCUCUGGGUCUUCUGGAAGACAGAUUUCUGUCGGAAGGUGGUAAAAAAAGGCGGAUGGAUGAACAAUGAUAAUUUGGAAGACUGUCAGAAAUGAUCUCUGGAUCCGCCCCAGAACAGGGACAGUAUGUUGGUCAUAAUCCAUUUGAAAUAUUCAAAAACCAUGCUGUGACAUUUUUGUGCCCCAUCAUCAAAAGAAAAGAGGGAGAAAAAAGCUUUAUCUAUUUAAAGUACUGGUAGAUGCAAAAUUUAGUGUACAAACAAAAGGAAGCAUGCAAACACUCACUGUAUGUGGCUUAUGUAUCCAAAUCAAAGUGAUCCUAAAAACAAGUGCUCACAUGAUUAUGAUGUCAUUGAUGGAGAAAAACCCUGUGUGAUGUCACCAUGUGAUGUCGCGGCUAAACCCAUGUGAUGUCACAGCUGUACCCUGUGAUGUCACAAUUAUACCCUAUGUCAGAAUAUUUAAGAGCACAUUUUCAGUUACUAUCAUAGUUUUGAUAUGUGUCCUAAAGAUUUUUUAUCUUGGAUAUGUAUACAUGCACUUCUAUGGUGCAGCAAUGUCUUGUUUUAUUUCUGUUAUUAUUUUUUUCUACACAGUCAUGACGUAUGAUUAUUGCCAUGCAAUUAUGAUGUAAUGAAUGCAACAUCCACUGUUGGGUCUGUAUUCAGUUGAAAAAGUUUGAGGGCUUCUUAUGAUAUAAACGUGUGUAUGCAGUAUAUAUGACACAAUAUGUAUUCAGGUAAUCAUGUUCACUUUACUUGUUCUCAUGAUAUACAUGGUAUCUAAUUGAUAUAAUGUGGUAAUAUUGAUGAUGUCAUAAUUGUGGUAGCCAUGGUACCAUCCAAAAGUGCACAACAUGUGGUGACAUCAUCGCUUUUUGUGCCUUGAUGUUGUCAAGAAUUUCAACCAGCAUGUGUAUCGUUUUUGGAUUUUUAUAGGAAACCAAGAGUAAGAUCAAUACUUCAAGUCAUGGUGUAAGAAGAAUUGUGAGCUUUGCUUUGGGUGCAAGCACAUUCCAGCUUUAAAUAUUUUCAAACAGUAAAAAUAUUUGCUUCAUUGAAUUUUGCUUAUAUGUGCAUGUUAUAUGUAAUAAAUGUUUACAGAAUUUUAGAAAUACCAUUCCAGUGUAGUCUACUGAAAAGAAAGUGAUUCCACUUUAUGUAAACAGUAUAUUUUCUUUUAAAGAUUUCUGUCACAGCCAACAGCUUAUGAUAAGCACAUUUAUAUGUACAGAUACUAGUACAGAAAGGAGUUAUUUGAUGAUACUUUUUCCAAAUUAUAAAGUUAAGUCUAUGAGAAUGGCCAUUUCAAAUUUUAUGAAAAUUUUGACAUAUCUGUGAUUUGCAAUACAUUAACUACAUGUGCUCUUACUGUAGUUAAUUUAUUUUAUCUGAAGUCAAAAAGGUAGAGAAAUUGACACACUUAAAAGUAAUUUUGAAUGAUUCCUAGAUGGAUUGAAACAUGAAAAGUAGAAAACGUAGAUAUUCCCAAACUUCAGAGUAUUGAGAAAUACAUUCCCAGUCUGAUCGUUAUGUGGUGAGAAUAAUAUAUAUGUACUGGUAGAAGUGCUGUUGUGAAAGCUUUUCAACAGAGAUGAUAAUAUUAAAUUAUUAUAGAUAUGAUAGGUCUUUAUUUGAAAUGUGAUAUAUACCUGUAUUUUCUGAGAGUUGAAAUGUUUUGAUCAGAUCUCAAGGGGGAAAUACAUUCCUACAUGAUGUGAUCCCAAAUGUACAGGUGUUACCUUUGUCAUAACUAAUAUAAAUGUUCAUAAUACGGUAAUUACUGACACAUUUUGAACCCCCUAUAUUGUCAAGAUGUAUUACUUUUAGGAACUGAGUCUAAGAAGGUUGUGUUUAAGAUGGUUCUGUAAUGAUACCCUUCAGGAUAAAAUGAUUGGCAAUGUGAAAUAUUGGGUCUUAAAUAAUUAAAGCCAAGCAGAAUAUGGUAAUUACUGAAAAAAUUGAGAAGUAAUUUGUACCCAUUAUCAUGUUAAACAGAAAUAGUGCAGAUGUGCGUUUUAUGAGGGCAACUGAAAUAUUUGCACUUGUCAAUGUGCUUUUCACAUAUCGUCAGUCUUUAGGGAUACAUGUGCAAUUCUGUAUACAAGUCAUAAACAGCUGAAUGUAUGUUAUUUAUGUCCAUUAUACUUUAAUUUGUUAAGUUGUAAAGCUUGCUUUUCAGUGGAUUUCAGUAAAUGAAAAAGUGAAAGUGAAAUAUGUACAUGUAUGUAUAUUAUGUAAUGCAUAUGCACUGCACUUGCUUGUAAAUAUUAAAGUAUAAUUUGUGGUAUUUAUUAACAACACUGCCGUUUUGUAAAUAGACUGUGUAUUUUUCUCUCUUUUGUUCGGCAGAUACAGCUGUUAAAAACAAUCGGGAAUUUGAGAUCAGAUUGAUUAUUUUUAUUUUUUGCUUGAGUUUUGGCUUUCCUUGCAUUUUAUUUUGACAGUGAUAAUGUUUAAUAUGUUGAUAUUUUGAUCCUUGUUAGAUAUGGACUCGUACUGGUACAUGUACAUGUAUUAACGACAAGUAAGAGUAAAUCGAUCAUUUCUGGGACAUGUUAUGUGUGCAUGUAUGUGCUUGAAGCUUCAUAAGUAUUUUCAUUCAUAUACCAAUAAGUGCUUCUUAUAUAAUUACUAGUACUCUGAAAACGUGUAUUACGCUAGAACUGUGGUAUUCUUUUCAUUUUGUAAAUUGAAUCAUUACACUUUUUUUGCAAAAUCCUUAAAUUUGCGAAGGGAUUGGAAUACUUUUGUGUUUCAAUCCCAUUAGUGCUUCUCAGAGGCUUCAAUCUUAGAUGCCAAGCCGUUUCGUGUUUCGGCAUGGGAUCGCCAGAAAAUUCAAAAUAAAUAUAACAAGCUGGUCUGGUCAUUAGAAUUACUUAUUUUCUUUUGGUGCCAUGUUAUGUAUAGGUGCAUGCAAUAUACGUCUUUGUACACUUGUAUAUUGACAUUUGUAUUGAUGUCGUCCAUAGUGUGAAACGUGGAGGGAA